AUGCCGGGAUCGUCGGUGCCAGGGCGUGAGCACCCAAAGCCCACUAUCCUGGGCUACCAUCCUAUGACUAUUACCUGGUGUCUGCUGGCCCUCUCGACAAUUCCCUUCCUCACUGCGUACCUUCUACCCUUCCUUACACGACGCAUUGGCUCGGCAUUAGGAUGGUAUCUUCGAAGAAAGACCGAGGGCCGGAGGACGAGCCUCCUCGAGGUUAUGGAGGAAGAUGAAAAAGCAUACUUAGAGAAGAAAACAGCUGGCGAGAAGACACUUGAUGGGGACUGGGAGAACGUGGAGGCAUAUGCUGUGGGCAGCUCCCCGAAUGGUCAGACAGGCGAGAAGCAGUGGGAUGGUGUCGUGGGCUUCUUCCACCCAUUCUGCAACGCCGGCGGAGGUGGUGAGAGAGUCCUAUGGGCUGCUAUUCGAGCUACACAAAAGAGGUGGCCUCGAGCUAAAGUGGUUGUUUACACGGGUGAUCACGAAGCCAAAAAGGAGGCCAUCCUCGACCGAGUUAAGUCUCUUGGAUCGAUUGUCCUAGCCUGGGAUGCCCUCUCUCUGCUGGUUCCAGACGUGUUUGUCGAUACGAUGGGCUAUGCCUUUGCACUUGGCUUCUGCAAGCUUCUUUUCCGGCAUGUUCCCACAGGCGCAUAUGUCCAUUAUCCGACGAUAUCAACCGAUAUGCUUGAGUCCUUGGAUCCCGAGUCCGCUGUUGGAGACCAGGGCGUCAAUGCAGGUCAGGGCACUGGCGCCAGAGGCGUUGUGAAGAAGUUAUACUGGGAGACCUUUGCUAAGUGCUACUCCUUCGUUGGCUCAACCGUGGACGUUGUCAUGACCAAUUCGAGCUGGACUCAAGGCCAUAUCAAGAAGCUCUGGGGUCCGUGGCGGAAGCAAAAGCUACCUAUCGCAGUGGUGUACCCCCCCUGCGCAGUCAAGGAGCUCAACCAAGAGAUUGAGGUCUCGGAGGAGAGUGAGAAGAGUCGCGAAAAAGUGAUUCUCUACAUCGCACAGUUUCGACCUGAGAAAAAUCACCAACUCAUCCUCCAAUCGUUCGCCGACUUCGUCAAGACGGGCUCUACGGCGGCGAAGGGAGCCAAGCUGGUCCUCGUCGGUAGUGUUAGAGACGACCAUGAUUCGAAACGGGUGUAUAAGCUGCGCCUCCUAGUUCAUGAGCUGCACAUCCAGGACCAGGUCGAGUUCCACCUGGACGCCUCGUGGCCGGAGAUCCUGGAGUGGCUGAGAAAGGCGUCCGUCGGUGUCAACGGAAUGUGGAAUGAACAUUUCGGCAUCGGAGUUGUCGAGUACCAGGCUAGCGGCCUGAUUUCUGUCGUUCAUGACAGUGGUGGUCCUAAGUUGGACAUUGUUACAGAGGUUGAUGGCGAGCCGACGGGUUUCCAUGCUACGACCCCAACCGAGUUUGCUGAGGGAUACGAGAAGGCCCUCUCUCUUCCUGACCCUCUAGCCGUCCGCCGGCGAGCUCGCCAAUCCGCAACGCGCUUCACUGAGGAGGAGUUUGCGAAGAAAUGGAUCGAGCAGAUGGAGAAGCUGGUGGCCAUGACCGCAUGA